AUGAUGGUGCUCCUGAGUUUCUCCUACCAUGUGGAAGGAGAAUCAGCACUGCAACUUGGAGAAUCAGACUUUGAUAAAAUCUCUGAAAACGUCUUGUACCUCAUUUGUGACACGGGCUAUUCUGUAGCGGAGAAUGAAGUGGUGUUCGUUAACUUCUAUGCGGACUGGUGCAAGUUCAGCAACAUGCUGGAACCAAUUUGGGAAGAAGCAGCUGAGAAGAUAGCAAAGGAAGUGGCCCCUUAUGGAAAGGCGGCCAUUGGAAAAGUUGACUGUGAUAAGGAAAGUAACAUUGCUCGGCGUUAUCACAUAUCAAAAUACCCUACUCUGAAACUUGUGAAGUUUGGUCAGCUGGUGAAGCGAGAGUAUAGGGGUCAGCGUUCUGCUGAAGCUUUUGCUACCUUUAUCCAGGAGCAACUUCAGGAUCCAGUGAAAUCUUUUUCAGCAUCUGAUGGUGUUAAAACUGAGGAAAAGAAGAGAAGAGACAGCCCCACUCCUCUUCGUCCCUCAGCUGAGAGUCUCAUUGUAUUCCGCCCACCAUUCAGUAGUGGAGAUUCUGAUGAGCCCUAUGCUGGUAAUAAGGAAGAAUUGCAAGAUCUCUUGAAUUGGGCCACAGAUCAUUGCACUCCACUAGUAAGAGAGAUCACAUUUGAGAAUGCUGAAGAACUGACAGAAGAAGGACUGCCUUUUGUGAUCCUGUUCCACCAUCCUGAUGAUGUUGAAUCUGUGAAACGUUUCAACAAGUUGGUUCAAAACCACUUGAGAGGAGAGAAAGGGGAAACACUGGAUGUUACAGGAGGCCUAGCAGAAGAAAACUGCACUCUUAAGUUGGAGAGAAAGGAUGUAGCUGGGAGCCAGACACUACGGGCAGCUUUAACCAAAGUAGAGGCUGCUCAUCCUGGUUUCACAUAUGACUUGGUUAUGGGAAUUAUCCGCAAAGCUGACCUCAGUGUGAAUAUUCAUGAAAGCCUUCUACGCCUUCAAGGACAGUUGAGCGAUAAUGAAGUCACUGAGUACCGGCUUACUCGAAUGGAGGAUGUCUUCCAGGACUUGAAUAGGAAAUCAGCUGCAUUGAAGAGGAUUCUGAGUCGCAUUCCUGAUGAGAUAACAGACAGGAAAACUUUCCUGGAAACAAUCAAAGAAAUCGCCAGCGCAAUAAAGAAGUUGUUGGACUGUGUGACGGAAGUAUCAGCCUUCAUACCUGGAGCUACUGGGAAACUUGCAUUGGAUCAAAGGAAGAGAGAAUUUGUCAAGUACUCCAAGAGGUUUUCAAAUACACUCAAAGAGUAUUUUAAAGAAGGACAGGCCAACACAGUGUUUGUGAGUGCUGUUUAUUUGAUUCAUCAGACCAACAUGAUAGUCAUAACUGUGAAAAACAAGUGUGAAUAGGGGUACUGGUAAGGGAAAAAUUUUCUGAACAAGACAAGUUGGAUCUUGUGUGUGUGUGUGUUCAUUCCCAAGGCUUGUACUGUAUAUCCCACAUAUAUUUAUAUAGUGUGAACUGCAGCUGAAGCAUGGAAGACUCUAGUAUCUCCAAAGAUCCCUCUGGGAGCUUGUCCAGUGAUGUUUCAGCUGAGCAACUUUGGAAGAUUGAUCCAGAGUCCAGCCUGCAUCGAUCAGGAACGUGUCCUCUGUGCUUUAUGCGCAGUCCCAUUUUCUAUUGUGUGGAGUGCUUACGCAGUGGAAAUUUUGGCUCCAGUCGGCAUUUGGAAAGGUUCGCUGAUGUGCAGCUUCAGCUUCUGGAAUCAAGACAUAAGGUCAUACUCCUCUCUGAAGACUACAUGAAGGCAUCCAUGCAACAUCACAGUCAUCUUCAACUUCAGGAAAUGCUUCAAGAAACAGAGAUGCGAGUGAAGCUGUUACAGAAGGCAGUAAGUGCCAAGCAAACUUCUGUGAACAUUCUGCAUGAAGAACAAAGACAUAAAAAAUUUGGUAUUGGGAAACUGCUUUCCCAGAUGGACCAAUUCAAGGUGCAACAACUGAAGUGGUCCAGUCGCAUCCAGAAACUAAAGAAGUACCGAGCUCAGAAAUUAGAAGUUUUAAAGAGGAAGCAAGAAGAUGUGAAGUCCAUGAGGCAAAUGAAAGUUCAUGAGUUGAUGAUGAAUAUUUUCCCCAUCUCUCGAAUCACAGAUGGAGUUGAACCAACUGCACAGAGUUCUGAAGAUGAGACCAUGAUAUGUGCUCUUGCUGAAGCCUCAAGGCUUGCAUAUGUGUCUGGUGCUUGGAUGGAUUUGGGGAACGAGAAAGCCGAGUACUCUAUUGUGACAGCAUCCAUGCCAAGCACUUUGAAUGCUUCUAUUGUAGCAUUAUGGGAUCAAGAGACAGAAAUUGGGAUGGAGAGCAAGGAAGUACGACCCAUCAAAGCAGCUUUGGGCUACAUAGCACAACUGGUUAAUAUUUUGGCUUCUCUCCUUGGGGUUCGUCUUUGCUCCCGGUUACUGCCUCGGAAUUUCAAUGACAUGAAUGUUCCCAAGGAGAAGCUUGAGAAGUGUAUUGCCAUUCUUAAUGCCAAUAUUCUGAAUAUUUGUAUUCAAUCUGGAAUGAACCCUUCCCAAUUGCAUCCUUGUCAGCCCCUCCCAAACCUAGCUUCCCUGAAGGAUUCUCCAAGUCUUGGGAUUGCUGUAGCAAUACAGCCAUGUCAUGAGAGUAUACUUCCAUUAGAAAAGACUCUUUUGGCCUCAGUACCUGAAGGGAACUUUUUCCUGGAAGAGGAAGAAGAGGAAGAGAAUGAAAUGCCCUCUGACUGGGAGAGUUUACCCAACUCUGGGUCCAUUCCCAGUGAAGAAUUGGGAAGCCCUGGCUCCAUAUCUCGCCUCUUCUCACAGUCCAGUCUUCUUGCAACUGUCACUUCCUUUUGGAGAAAGAGAGACAAAUGAAUGUCCUUGGCUUUCUGUUUCAUUUGCAGACAUUAUCGAGAUGCUUCUCCAAUUAGAUUACAAUAUUAGUUUCAAUGUUGCAUUGUAUGAUGUAACGAAAGAGGUGGGGGCUCAUUUCUGUUAAGAAUCUUUUAAUUAAAGUGCAAUGCAUUUCUUUCUCCUCUUGGAUGAGUUCCUAGCAAGGAGAUGAACAUAAUAUUUCUAGCUGAUUUUGCCUUGUCUUUCUUAGGUAAGAGCUAGGGGAUGAGGAAUGUAUUAUUUAUAUAUUUUUCUUUCUUCAAUUGUGCAUCAUUGUGCUGGUAUUUGUGGUGUUUGAGAAGCAAGCAAGUCGAGCUCUGUGCCCCAUGGGUAGAAAUGAUGAAUCAGUUGAAUGGGAUGAUUCAUUUUAUGUACAUGUUGGUGUUUAUGAUCUUUGGUGGGUGCUGGAUGAGUAACCUUAAUUCUUUUUUAGAAAUCACUUAUUAUCAGAAAUCUUCAAACAUCAGAUAGGUGCUGUGGACAGCCAUAUGAACCUGAUCAGAUUGAUUUUCCUUUGACAUGAACUACAUCUGCAGAGUUCUGGAAAGGAAUUUCCAACUUGUUGAUUAUUAUUUCAUGCAUAAUUGGUUGCUGUGUGGUAUGAGAAUUGUGAUCUCUUCCAUUAAGAAGGGGAAAUGUCUUUGUCAAUUCUGAAGUAUUGCUGAAUUCUUUCCUUUUUUUAGAAUGUCACAUAACUUCUGGUAAGUGCCUGUGGAAGGCUUGUCAUCUCAGAUCAUUUAUGGAUUGAGAUUACCUGUCCCUCCUCAUAUAUAAAUUGACUCAAAAUACAUAAUUUUUACGGUGAUG